AUGAUACUUCCGCAGGGUUCGGUCUUGUUUGUGGGCGUUGCGGCAUGCGCCACCGCUGUGGCCGCGGCCAGCGAUUCAUCGCGGCCUCGCGGUGUUGGCCCUGAAUUCGCCAAAUUCUACAAAGACCCCAACACGUUCGCCUGCAUCUCGCACCCGGCCAUCCAGAUCCCCUUCUCGGCGGUCAACGACGACUUCUGCGACUGUCCGGACGGCAGCGACGAACCGGGGACGUCGGCGUGCUCGUAUUUAUCCAAGAACUCGGCGCUGACGGCGGCUGACCGCCCCGGCAACAGCGAUCUGGAGCUCACGGCGGUGCUGCCGGGGUUCUACUGCAAGAACAAGGGCCACCGGCCGUCGUACGUGCCGUUCCAGCGGGUCAACGACGGGAUCUGUGACUACGAGCUGUGCUGCGACGGGAGCGACGAGUGGGCGCGGGUGGGCGGCACCAAGUGCGAGGACAGGUGCAAGGAGAUCGGCAAGGAGUGGCGCAAGCAGGAGGAGAAGCGGCAGAAGUCGAUGACGGCGGCGAUGAAGAAGAAGAAGGGCCUGCUUGUGGAUGCAGACCGGCAGCUCAAGGAGGUCGAGGACGGCAUCAAGCGGCUUGAGGCCGAGCUCCAGGGCGAGGAGAUCAAGGUCCGGAAUCUGGAGGCGGAUCUGGAGGAGAUCGAGAAGCAGGAGCGCAGCAGGGUGGUCAAGGGCAAGAAGGCCGGCAAGGUGAAUGUGCUGGCUCAGGUGGCCAAGGGCCGCGUGGAAGAGCUGCGAACCGCCUUGGUUGAUGUCCGCAAGGAGCGCGAUGAGAUCCGCUCGCGCGUGCAGGAGCUGGAGGACAUCCUGUCCAAGUUCAAGGUGGAGUACAACCCCAACUUCAACGACGAGGGCGUCAAGCGUGCGGUGCGCAGCUGGGAGGAGUAUGCCGCCCGCGGCACGGCCGAGGGUCUCAAGAACGAUGCCCGGGACCGCGAUCUGGACGAGAUCGCCAAACCGGACGAUGACAAAUCCGGCGUGAACUGGGAGCAGUGGGAGAAUGAGGAGGAUGGCUGCGACGUAGAUACUGUCUACAAGCUCGCAGCAUACCUGCCUCCUUCGCUGGUCACAUUCAUUGAAGACAAGUUCUCCUCUUUCAAAAAGUUCCUCGAGAACAACGGGGUUCUCCCCAAGAGCGAGGACGGGUCGACCUCCGAGUCCAAGGCGGUGACGGAGGCCCGGGAGGCCGUCAAGGCGGCCCAGGAUACGGUCAAGGAGCUGCAGAAGCAGCUGAAGGAGCACCGGGAGGAUCUGGAACAUGACUAUGGUCCUCAGGGCAUCUUCCGGGCUCUCAAGGGCGUCUGUAUCUCGCAAGACUCGGGCGAGUACACCUACGAGCACUGCUUCUUGGACCAGACGAAGCAGAUCCCCAAGAAGGGCGGGGCGUCGGUGCGGAUGGGUAACUUUGUGCGCAUUUCGUCGGUGACGGUCGAUGUUCUCAACGAGGCUGGGGAGGUGGUCCCGGAAGAGCGGACGUCGCUGGAGUACACGCGCGGACAGACGUGCUGGAACGGCCCGGCACGGUCCACGACGGUGAUCUUGGAAUGCGGCGAAGAGAACGAGAUUGUCAAGAUUGCGGAAGACGAGAAAUGCGUGUAUUCGAUGAUUGUGAAAACGCCCGCGGUGUGUGCUGGGGGGGAGGGCAGUGAAGUGCCGAGGGCGAAAGAUGAGCUGUGA